AUGAAUAUAAAAAUACAAUUUCAAAUCUCCUUUUGGGUAAUUUUAUGGCUUUUGUUUGUUCUACAAGAUGCGGCUGCAGGCGGAAGUCCAACUUCUCAAAAAAUGGUCUCAUCUGUCUCUGAUGUAAACCUGAUGUUUGAGUUGUUGCUGGGCGGGGUGGAGAUCGACGUGGACAACAACAUCGUCCUGCUCGACGAGGAGAUGGCAUCGAUGAGGCAGGGGCGGGCUUUUCUGUCUCAGAUCAAUGACAACUUCCCCCGAAGUCUGAGCUCCAUGCUGCACACGGUGACCACACUGGAGGGUCAAAGGACGAGACGGCCACUGACUCAGGAUCAGUUUGACAAUCUUGUUCUGAGCACGGUGUACUCCGCCCAUCAAGCCCGGCACCAGGAGAGAAAAGAGGAACAGACGGCCUGGAGUGAAGUGCUCCUCCAGCUGGCAAAUGUCACGGUCUAUGAACUACGUGGAAGCCAUCUCUUCAGUUAUGCAUGA